GACGCCUGGUGUUCAUCUGAUCACAAUCCUGGUUAUGUACGCCUGGAGAUAGCACUACCUCAGCUGGCACUCAUCUCACGUAUUGCUGUGCAAGGCGGACAUCAAAUCAAACGCAAGACCAAUAGUUACUGGGUCACUGUGUAAGUAUGAUCUACUUAUUGUCAUCCUAAGGAAUCAUAGUUCUCUAAAGGUGUUGGUGGGUGCGUGGGGAGGUGAACCCCUUACUAGCCUUGACAAAGGAGAGUGAAGGGGAUGCCAAUUGUCAAAUAUUUCACCUAUGGUUCACCUCAGUUACAUGUAAGACAAGUACCUCUAUUCUCAUUCUACUAAGCACCACAAGUUCUCUGAACACUCCAGUUUUCUGUAGUAACACUGGACACUAGUAAGGGAUCAUCCCUACUAGGAAGGGCAAUUCAGACAGAACUGAUAGAGCUGUCCAGUAUAAAAAAGUUAGUUUAAUUUAAGUUUCCUCCUGUAGUAACACAGGACUAGUAAAGGAUUGUCCCCACUGCAUCUCUAGGAAGGACUGUUCAGACAGAAUUGAUAGAGCUAUCCAGUACAAAAAAUUUAGUUUAGAGUAGAUGUCCUCCUGUAGUAACACCGGAUCAGUAAGGCAGAGGUUUCUUUCUGGGGACUUGUAUGGAGGCAGGCUAAAGCUUCAGCGAAACAGCCAUUCUUAACCCUCACAUUUGCAACACGCUUUAAUUAAUCUAUCCAUUUUCCUUCCCAGAUCUAGUUGCUUUGUUUGUUUCUCUUUCGUUCAUUUUUUCAUUCCAUCCUCCUUCCAUUGCAAAAUGUUCUGGGCACUAGGACCAAAUCCUCCUGUGGUCCAAUACUUCUUGCACUUUGAACAUUUUUUAUUUUCCACUUAUUCAUAGCUUUGGUAUCAAAGUAUCGGUCGAUGGAGAACACUUUUCCUGGUACAGGAUUUCAACUGGCAAGAAAUUAUUUACCGGAAAUUUAGGUACUGUGAUAUAUUUUGUACUCCUUAAUUCCGUAAUGGAAUAAGGGAAUUCCCACCGUGGCCAGGCAUAUUUUUCAAGCCUGCCCGGUGUGGAUAUACACUCAGAGUAACAUCACAAGCAUCAUAAAUAAAGUUUGUUCAGUGUAGCUUUAUGUUAUUUUUUUUUCGACACCUAGAUUCAAACGGCAUCAUCGAACAUGAACUACCAUUUGCGGUAUUGGCUAAAAAAGUUCUCAUUUUUCCACACGAUUGGAAAAAUUGGAUUUGCAUGAGAAUUGAACUAUAUGGUGUUUACAUGACGGACAACAUGUGUGCGGCCGCUGGUCAGGAAACGGCGACGACAAAGGAAUGUCUAGGAGAUAGGAACUGUAGUCUGAACGCGGAGUGUAAACCAAUGACUGAUGAUAGUAUUAUUAAAACUGGUGAGUAUUGAGUCUAUUACGGACACCUCUCUAAUAAUACGGACACCUGACCUCUCUAACUAAUACGGACAUCUAACCUCUCUAAUAAUACGGACACCUGACCUCUCUAACGAAUACAGACACCUGACCUCUCUAAUACGGACACCUCUCUAAUAUGGACACCUCUCUAAUACGGACACCUCUCUAAUAUGGACACCUCUCUAAUACGGACACCUGACCUCUCUAACUAAUACGGACACCUGACCUCUCUAAUACAGACACCUCUCUAAUAUGGACACCUCUCUAAUAUGGACACCUCUCUAAUAUGGACACCUCUCUAAUACGGACACCUCUCUAACAUGGACACCUCUCUAAUACGGACACCUGACCUCUCUAACUAAUACGGACACCUGACCUCUCUAAUACAGACACCUCUCUAAUAUGGACACCUCUCUAAUAUGGACACCUCUCUAAUACGGACACCUCUCUAAUAUGGACACCUCUCUAAUAUGGACACCUCUCUAAUACAGACACCUCUCUAAUACAGACACCUCUCUAAUAUGGACACCUCUCUAAUACGGACACCUGACCUCUCUAAUACGGACACCUCUCUAAUAUGGACACCUCUCUAAUACGGACACCUGACCUCUCUAACUAAUACGGACACCUAACCUCUCUAAUUAAUACGGACACCUAACCUCUCUAACUAACACGGACACCUAACCUCUCUAACUAAUACGCACACCUCUCUAAUAUCGACACCUCUCUAAUAAAGACAACUCUCUAAUUCGGACACCUCUGUCACCUCUCUACUACAGAUAGUUUCUUACAUACCGACACGAUUUUCAGUAAAUAGACGUUCAUCUUUUCGUAGGUAUGUAUGAUAGUCUGAAGACUCGCGAAGCCUGUCAUUGCCACGACGGGUAUCAUGGUGACAGCUGUGAAUACAUAGGGUGUGACCCGAACCCCUGUCAACACGGAGGGGAAUGCCAAGAGGGGGAAGCAAACUUCACCUGUAUCUGUGUCACGGGGUAUGUAUGGAUUUACAGUAAAAAAAACGCACAGUGGGUUAAGAAUGACCAACUUUGAGCACCUCAAAUACUUGUAGGAUUAACUUAAUCUUUUGUUGUCUUCUCUCUAAAGCUACCACGGUCCUUUGUGUCAGUGGCCAUGCCCUGUUGGAAAAUACGGCAAGGACUGUGUGCACACGUGCUCGUGUGAUAUCCAUGGUAGCUGUAACGUAGCAACGGGCCAUUGUUCCUGCGGACCGGGACACUAUGGGAUACGGUGUGAACUCCGGUGCCCCCGGGGAUAUUUUGGUGUCGACUGUAAGCAGACGUGUCAGUGUCGGAACAGUGGGGAUUGUGAUCACGUGACUGGAGCAUGCAAUUGCACCGCUGGUAUGUUUUGUUUAUAUUAAAUUGUGCCUGUAACCUCAGGACUUAGAAUUGAUAGAACUACUCGUUAUAAAUGACGUUAGUUUAGUUGUUAGUGCUUAGAUGCCUUUCAUUUCUGUGGCCAGGAUUCGAUUUCUGUAAGAAUAGUUUAGAUUUGGAGUUAGUUUCCUUUUGAAGUGGGUUGAAAUUGCAAUCUGCCACGAACAAAUGGGGUAACAACAUAAGUAACAACCAACGCUCCUGUCAAACGAGGAUGAGAGUUGAUGACAGUUGAUAACAGUUGAUAAGAGUUGAUGUCAGUUGAUAAGAGUUGAUGAGAGUUGAUGUCAGUUGAUAAGAGUUGAUGACAGUUGAUGUCAGUUGAUAAGAGUUGAUGUCAGUUGAUAAGAGUUGAUGUCAUUUGAUAAGAGUUGAUGACGGUUGAUAAGAGUUGAUGACGGUUGAUGACGACAGUUGAUGUGAGUUGAUGACAGUUGAUAAGAGUUGCAUGCAACUCUCGCUCACGUUUGAUUGCCAUCUCUCAUCAACUCUCAUCAACUUUGAGCUGGUUCAAAUUUUGUUGAGAGUUGACGAGAGUUUUCGCUGCGCGCGUAGUAAUGUUCAAUCAAUUCUCAUCAACUCUUGUGGUCAUCAACUUUGAGCUGGUUCAAAAUUGGAGGAGAGUUGAUGAGAGUGAGAAUGUACUUAACCUCUUUAAUGCGUUCUUCUUAGGUUGGACAGGACCAUUUUGUGAUCAGCCAUGUUUGAACAACACUUGGGGAGUUCACUGUCGGAAGCAAUGUCUCUGUUCUGAAAAAACGCUGUCGUGUAACCCUGUGACUGGGGAAUGUAUCUGUCAGCCAGGGAUGACUGGAAAGUAUGUGGAGUAUAUAUUUGAUAUUACUAGUUGUUGUCAACCAUAGGUCAUGGCUCAGAAUUUCCCUUGCAACUACUUUUAAGAUAACAUCAUGGCUCUAUGUCAGAAAUUGCCUCCUGUAACAUCGCCUUAAAAUUGAGUACUUCUCAUAUCCCCUUAACUGGGAGGCAUUAGCUAGCUCGACAACUAGACUCUGUAGCUCAGUUGGUUAGAUCACUGCACGGGAAUCCCAGGACCGCAAGUUCGAUUCCUGCCAGAGGGUCCAUCCAGUUGCAUCUUUCGCAACUGCUCCUGCAUGGUUAGGUCUAAUAAAUAUAUAAAAAUUCCACUGGAAAUUUCCAUCCACAAAAACCCUUCCACAAUGAGUUAUAUCGAGUAAGAUGGCCAACAUUCUGAUAUUUACCCAUAAGGCCAAAAAACAAAUAUGUGGGUUUCCGGUUUCCCGACCCUACCUAGCUUUUGGACGUCGAAAUCCCGACCCUAAACUUUUUUAUUGGAUCAUGCUUUUAAAUGUUUCCACUUAGAGGAAAACGUUUGUGGAAAAUUGAAAUUUGAGGCAAUAUUAGGGAAAUUUAUCUUUGGAUGUGGAAGCACUGACUAAACAAAAUGGCGUCCGCUUAUUCGGAAAAUUAAAAAAAAAGUUUAAAAAAAAAAGUUUAAAAAAAAAGUUGAAACCGACCUACCCUACCUAAGUUUUUAUAAGAAGAAACCGGAAACCCACAUAUUUUUUUUUUUGGCCUAUUUGGGAAGCAGCCUUAACUUCUGUACCACCAACACACCUGGGGUCGGUUGUUCAAAGGUGGGUUAGCGCUACCCUCUGUUAAAAUUUAACCCACUGUUUUGGUUUGUGUAUUCCUACACGUCUGUUUAUUUCAUAACUUCAGAGAAGUGAACUCCAGUCGACCCAGACAAGAUCUCUGAAGAAAUAUUUCCAGAUUUAUAGACAAGCUGUUGGGGAAGUUUGCUUUGAAUUUUAUAUGUUAACCUAUAGGGUUAACAGGGUUCGUAGAGGUCUUCGAAAUCCUUGAAAGUCUUUAAGUUUGAAUGCAGGGCAUUAAGGCUUCGAAAAGUCUUUGAAUUGUGUGAAAAAGCGAAGAAAGUCUACGAUUAUCUAAUUAUACGAUUUCCUAGUUAAUAAAAGAAAUUGAUUGAAGCAUAAUUUUCGCAAAUAUCGACGAAAAAGUGCAUUUUAGGAUGUAAUUUGACGGGACAAAUUACAGUACUUGGUAAAAAUGGUGCUUAUACAGUACAUCGCAAUUUUUCGACAGCUGAUUGCUGUCAAAGGUCUUUGAAAAGUCUUUGAAAAUAGGCAGAAAAAAUCUUUGAAUUUUUUUGGUCUUGGAGACCACGAACCCUGGACUUUCGAAAAACAGGCCCCUGAAUUCUCGUUCUCGUUCUAGAACGUGUAACGACGCAUGUCCCUCUGGUACGUAUGGUUCAGAUUGCUCGGGGACAUGUCAGUGUAGUGCGUUUGGUCGUUGUGAUCGCACAGACGGGAGUUGCACGUGUGUCACGCCGGGAUAUACUGGGAUAUUAUGCGAUCAACCGUGCCCUCAAGGCAACUAUGGCUUGGGAUGCAAGAAACGUUGCGUUUGUGCCCCUAACGCUGAAUGCGGCCCAGGGCCAGGUUGGUAUGGAACAUUCACACGCAUGGGUGGCAAUUCUGGGCAGAGGUGGGAAAGUAUCCGAACAUGGGAACCUUGUUUCCAGACAUUUUUUUUAUCUACAUUUUUGUGCGGAAAUUUUUACACACAUUUUUUUUUUAUGUUUGAUGGCUGAUUCUGAAAAUUAGACUGAUUUAAUAUCUAAAUUACUAAAUACCUUAGAUUAUUGAAAUGAUUGAAUUAGGUACUACUAACUCGAUACUUGAAUUACAGUGGAAUGCAAUUUCAUAAAAAAAUAUUUAUAUAGCUUGCAGUAGGAAAUUUGUUUUUUAAUCCUGUAAGACUGUAACUACUAUUAUUACUUCUGGAUUUAUCUUGUUUAUCAGUCUUAAGGCCCAUUUCCACUAGGAAAAUUUUCCGCAGAAAGAAAAUUUUGUACAAUUUGAUUGGCUGACACAAAUUUUGAAGCUGAAAGUUUUCAACUUUUAACAAUGAUAUUUUCGGAAAAUUUUCUGUCCUUGGAAAAUUUUCUUGAGUGGAAAUGGGCCUUUAAAGAUAUAUUGCUUCACACUAGAAUAAGACACAAAUGUCAAUUUUGUUAUUUUUCCCUUUGUGAUCUUUUGCAGAAAAUUUUGCGCUCUGUAAACCCCAUUUCCCAAGAAGAAAAAAACAUUUUCCACCUCUGGUCCUGGGGAGGAUAGGGGGGGGGGCAUCCCCCACUCUUUGGGGUGGGGGAUAAAUACAUAAUCCCCUCCCCCCACUUUUUGCCAUAUUUUGCUCUCUCUGAAAUUCAUGAUAGAUGAUUGAUAGUUAUUCAGGCUACCAAACUUAAGUUUAUUUUACCUUCAGAUGUGUGCAAAUGUGGCAAAGGAUUCUCUGGGUUAAUCUGUACUGAACCAUGUCAAUCUGAUCGAUGGGGCCAUAACUGUAGGCAUUCUUGUCAAUGCAAGAACAAUGCAACAUGCGACAGGUAUUUCGUCUUCAUUUUCUUAAUGUUUGCCCUUCAUAUAAUGACUGUAUUUAUGAGCAGAAACGAAUGAUCCGUCUUGACGAACUUAGCGAAGAAAAGAUAGUUUGUCUGUUAUAAUUAUUCUGUGUAUAAACGUAAAACAAUAGAGAUACAUAGUGCGUCUGUAUAAACCUAUUCAGUUUCUCCACUGCGCAUCCUAAUGGCGGUCGGGAUACGUUGCAGUUGAUUAUAACAUGAAGCUCAGACUGGAAGAAUUAGAAUAUGCGUACCAAAGUAUUCAACUGUUCAAUUGUUAUUUGAGUACAUUUCAACAGGAUUGAACAAUGAUGCUUGUGAUGUUACUCUGAGUGUAUAUCCACACCGGGCAAGCUUGAAAAAUAUGCCUGACCAAGGUUGGAAUCGAACCUACGAACCUACGUAGGUUCGAUUCCCACCGUGGCCAGGCAUAUUUUUCAAGCUUGCCCGAUGUGGAUAUACACUCAGAGUAACAUCACAAACAUCAUAUUCACCUGAGUACAUAGCACCAACACAGAAAAAGUCAGGAUUGAACAAUGUUGUGCUGCCCACGUUGUUCACACUUGUCAACGAUAUUGAACAAUAUUGUUGAGCCUGGAUCGGGUGUAACAAUAUUGUUCAAUAUUGUUGACAACUGUAAACAAUGUGGGCAGCACAUUGCCACAACAUUCAAUCAUGUUUACAUCAAUAUGGCAACAACUGUAAUUUCUCCCAACAUUUCAACGCAUCAUUUGGUUGCGCAGUUCGGGAACCUGAAUUGGCUUAUUGUUCAUGUGAUCCAGGCUAAGUAGAAAACAUUACAUUUUUUUCGCAGUUUUUCAGGAGAAUGCGACUGUUUGCCUGACUGGCAUGGUCCCGAUUGUGGCAGCAGUUGUCCCAGCGGUACCUGGGGUACGUCAUGUAGCAAAACAUGUAACUGCUCUGAUCAUGGUUCAUGUAAUCCCCAGAGUGGCAAAUGCGAGUGUGAGCGUGGGUGGACUGGGGUCGAGUGUAAUACGUCUUGUCCAAGUGGUUUUCAUGGCCGUGGAUGUCAAUACAAGUAAGUCACCGACCUCUAACGUAUGCUGGAUGGUGCAAUUCGGAAUUUAAAUAAAGUUUGUAUUCUAUUCUGUUAGGUGUAUUUGUAUGAAUGGGGCAGAAUGUGAGCCAGUCACGGGCAACUGUAUUUGCUCGACAGGGUGGAUUGGUAAAACCUGUACGGAGGCAUGUCCAAGUGGUUAUUAUGGAAACAGCUGUGUCUCAAAGUGCUCUUGUCAAAAUGGCGCCGCAUGCGAUCACGUGCUGGGCACGUGCUCGUGUCCGCCUGGGUGGACGGGUGACGAUUGCUCACAAAGAUGUCCCGAAGGUUUCUUCGGUCACGGAUGUUCUUCACGAUGCCAGUGUCGCCAUGGUAACGGGAGGUCAUGUGAUGCUGUAACGGGAAAGUGUCAAUGCGGGCCGGGUUACGUUGGUCCAAGGUAAAUUAAACAACUUUAUAUAUACUGGAUAGCUCUAUCAGUUUCAAACCGUUCUCCCUAGAGGUCCAGUAAGAGCCAUCUCCUAUUGAUCCAGUGUUACUACAAGAAGAAACCUAAUCUAAGCUGACCUUAUUUAAACUGGAUAGUUCUAUCAGUUCAAAACUGUUCUCCCUGAAGGUCCAGUAAGAAUAAUCUCCUAUUGAUCCAGUGUUACUACAAGAAGAAACCUUAUCUAAGCUGACCUUAUUUGAACUGGAUACCUCUAUCAAUUCAAAGCUGUUCUUCCUGAAGGUCCAGUAAGAAUCAUCAUCUCCUAUUGAUCCAGUGUUACUACAAGAAUUGAUCAAUAGAUCAUAUAUACUGGAUAGCUCUAUCGCUUUUAAACUGUUCUCUAUAGAGACUUGAUACGGGCCAUUUAUUUUCCGGUGUUACUACAGGAGCAAACCUAAACUAAACGAACUUUAUUUAUACUGGAUAACUCUAUCAGUUCUAAACUGUUCUUCCUGGCGGUCCAGUAAGGGUCAUCUCUUAUUGAUCCAGUGUUACUACAGGAGGAAACCUAAACUAAACGAACUUUAUUUAUACUGGAUAGCUCUAUCUACCGUUCCUAAUCUUAUCGAUCAUACAUCUUACAAUUUCUUAAAAUAUUAUUUCUAGAUGCAGCCAAACAUGUGCACCUGGUCGAUAUGGUCAAGACUGCUUGGAGAAAUGUCGUUGUCUGAACGGCGCCGAAUGUCACCCGACCGACGGGCGAUGUCUCUGCUUGGCAGGAUUCUUCGGGGAUCUAUGUGAACGCCAGUGUACGCCAAUGACAUAUGGGAUCAACUGUUCUCAGAGUUGCGAGUCUUGUAGCAAAGAUCAAGUGUCAUCCUGUGAUCGCGUGACUGGGAAGUGCCUCUGUUUACCUGGUUACUAUGGUUACCAUUGUGAAAACGAAUGUCCCGAAGGAGAGUAUGGUGAACGUUGUAUGUUGAAAUGUGAUUGUGCAAACGGUGCAUCUUGCGACCACGUGAAUGGCAUGUGCGAGUGCCCGGAAGGGUUUACUGGGAACAGAUGUGAACAGCCGUGUCCUGAAGGGAUGUUUGGAUCCAAGUGUGUAGGUAUGUAUGUAUGAAAUAACGUAUCGAGUCAACUUUCAUCAACUCUUAUGCAACUCUUGUGCUCGUUGGACCGGGUAUCGAAGGUACUAGACUUAGUUCCGAAAUACCACACACUCGAACAGACUUGGCCUCGUAGCUCAGUUGGCAGAGCAUUGGACUAGUAUCCCAAAGGUUGCGGGUUCGAUUACCACCGUGGUCAGGCUAACUUUUCAGCCUGCCCGGUGUGGAUAUACACUCAGAGUAACAUCAAAAACAAGAGUUGAAAAUGCUCUCAUACAAACUCUCGCUUGCCAACUCUCAUCCUCGAUUGCCCAGGGUUUGACUGAAAUUUAUCCUUCACUAUUUCCUUUAGGUGUUUGUCUGUGCGAGAAUGGUGCUCAGUGUGACAAAGUGAAAGGAAAGUGCGAAUGUCUGCCGGGAUUCACAGGUACCCGGUGUAUGGACCAGUGUCCAGAUCGCCGGUGGGGUUUAGAAUGCCGGAACAAGUGCUCUUGUGAGUGGAACCAGACGAUGAGAUGUCGAGGUGAUACCGGGCAGUGUUUGUGCCACGCUGGCUACAGGGGAGAAACUUGUCGACAGGUAAAUAGUGGUUCUGGAGGGCAAUAUUUAUUUAUUUUCUUUCUUUAUUUCAGGCGCUUAAUACCUAAAUCGAUCUGUUCAUUACUUUAGUUCUGUGACGAUGGAACGUACGGUCAGGAUUGCAAGCACCCUUGCCCGGCAUGCUCUCGACACGUGACUGGUCCGUGUUACAAGAUCGACGGCCGCUGUCCAUGUUCGCCGGGAUAUCGCGGGCACUUGUGUGACAACGAUUGCACGUUGAAACAUUUCGGUAAAAAUUGCGAGGAGCGUUGUGAGUGUGAUGUUGAUCACGUGUGUCAUCACGUGGACGGCACAUGCUACCCGGUGAAUCUUGGGAAAUUUCGAAUUAUCAUCAAAGAGAACUAUACAAACUUUGAUGACGUACAACGCCGCAAGCAACUAAAACUACACUUAGCCACCUUAAUAUCAAAAUACCAAGAUAUGUAUGAAACACUUCGUCAUGUCUCGAGACGCCAAGCUCCGUCCCAGUCCACGCCCGGAUACUUCAAUACAACCCUAACGACUGUACCUCAAGUAAAGCGAACAAUCCAGCCCGCAAGUGGGCACGACUUCGUGGCCCGAAUUUUAGGUAAGCAAUCAAGUCCAGUAUUUCAGCAAUUGCCGUUUGCCUAACAUGUAGCUUUACAAUAGUGCCAUCCAGUCACGAACCAGUAAUCGGAAUGUUUCAUUGUCUUUUCAUUGUUUUGAAAAUCUCAUUGUCCUCCAUGUCAUUCUGUCACGGACCAGUGAUUGGAAUGUUUCAUUGUCUUUUCAUUGUUUUGAAAAUCUCAUUGUCCUCCAUGCCAUUCUGUCACGGACCAGUGAUUGGAAUGUUUCAUUGUCUUUUCAUUGUUUUGAAAAUCUCAUUGUCCUCCAUGCCAUCCAGUCACGACCCAGUGAUCGGAAUAUUCCAUUGUCUUUUCAUUGUUUUGGAAAUCUCACUGUCCUCCAUGCCAUCCAGUCAUGAUCCAGUGAUCGGAAUAUUCCAUUGUCUUUUCAUUGUUUUGGAAAUCUCACUGUUCUCCACGCCAUCCAGUCACGAUCCAGUGAUUUGAAUAUUCCAUUGUCAUUUCAUUGUUUUGAAAAUCUCAUUGUCCUCUAUGCCAUCCAGUCAUGAUCCAGUGAUCGGAAUAUUCCAUUGUCUUUUCAUUAUUUUGAAAAUCUCAUUGUCCUCCAUACCAUCCAGUCAUUAUCCAGUGAUCGGAAUAUUCCAUUGUCUUUUCAUUGUUUUGAAAAUCUCAUUGUCCUCCAUGCCAUCCAGUCAUGAUCCAGUGAUCGGAAUAUUCCAUUGUCUUUUCAUUGUUUUGAAAAUCUCAUUGUCCUCCAUACCAUCCAGUCAUGAUCCAGUGAUCGGAAUAUUCCAUUGUCUUUUCAUUGUUUUGAAAAUCUCAUUGUCCUUCAUGCCAUCCAGUCACGACCCAGUGAUUGGAAAUUUUCAUUGUCUUUUCUUUUUUUUUGAAAAUCUCAUUGUCCUCUAUGCCAUCCAGUCACGAUCCAAUGAUUCGAAUAAUGUCUUUUCAUUGUUUUGAAAAUCUCAUUGUCCUCCAUGCCAUCUAGUCACUCAUUAUUCUGACUUAUGUUAGCAUUUUUUCAAAGGACCAAGGUGUUUAAAAUAGUUUUACUUGAAGCGAAAUUGGUUAGCUUAAUCCUAGGUUAAUUAACGAAAGAGUUGAAAGCAAACUUUUGUCUUGUAUUAGACCUAUCCGCAGGCCGUACUUCGGAUGACAAAGAUGAUGUGGUUAUAGUUGAUUUGAUAAUGUUUGAUGAUCGUGUGUUACUUAAUGGAAGCAUCGUGAAGGAUGUGAUUUCGUCCCUUGAUGAAAAUGUCGUCAGCAAUAUAAUCGGAAGUGUUUACUAUUCUGGCGAGCUGUAUUCGGGAACAUCCGACACGCAGUCGGUGUAUGUACAGCUUAUCACUGGCAUUGCCGGAGGUGAGUAGAAGAAUUUUGAACUCUUUUUGGUAGGUACAGGAGACACAGCUCAACAGACAAUUUCCAUUGUAGACUAAUUUUGAAACUAGGCAAGGAGAUGCAAAUAAUCAUCACAGCUAGAAAGAGCAUACUUAAAUGAGUAAAAUUGCAAAGUUUGGUUGCGAAAUGUUGUAAAAUGCAGAAAAUAUAGCCUUGCAAAAUUUUGUAUACUUUUGUAUUGCGUGCGGAAAUUGCUACCAUUUUCCGCCCAAAUGUGGUAGCAAUUUCCGCAAGCAAUACAAAAGUAUACAGCAAGGCUAUAUUUUCCGCAUUUUACAACGUUUUGCAACCAAACUUUGUAUAUACUUUUUUUGCCAAGAUAAAAAAUUAGUCUAUAAUGGGAAUUGUCUACUGAUCAACUUGAAACUUAUAGGAGAAAAAAUCAAACUUCGCCUUCAGUUACAUUUAUUCGCUCUUGAAUACAAGUGUACUACAUAAAAUGUAAGAAAAUGACUAUCAUUUUCUUGACCACCAUCUGCUGAUAAUGCUUAGUGAAACAAAAUUAUACACCAUUUGCAGAUGAUGAUUCUUAAGCCCCGUUUACACUACUCUCAAUUUUUGGUACGGCACGGAUAAAAUUGGUACCCGUACCACUUUUUUGGUUCUUGGACUACCUAUUUAGGUAGUCCAAGAACCAAAAAGUGGUACGGUACCAAAAAUUGAGCGUAGUGUAAACGGGGCUUUACAGGACCUCUGGAAGAAACAGUUUAGAACCAAUAGAGUCAUCCAGUAUAAAUAAAGUUAGUUAAGUUUAGGUUCCCUGCUGUAGUGACACUGGACCAAUAAAAAUGACCCCAACUGGACCUCUAAAAAAAUAGUGUAAAGCUGAGUUAGUAAAGUUAGUUUAGUUUCUAACCCUCGCAUUUGGUUAACAAGAGCUUUUCAUUUUAGGUUUACUUCUCAUGGUUCUUCUCACAUUUUCCAUCUUGAUGUGUCGAAGACGACGUCGGCAUUUAAAGAAACUGAAAUCGGAGAAGAAACGACAACGCGAAGCUGAAAGAGAAAUGGAAUUAAAGACGCGAAGUUUUCGCCACAAUGGUUACAGACUGGCAUUUGAUAACCCGUACUACGAUGUCCUUGCCGCCAUGGCGUUGGACGACGAUGUCGAAGAAGAUUAUAUCAAUCCGCUGUGUGAUUUAGACAGUCUGAUGAGUCAUCACGAAAGCGACGGUACUGUAAGCAGCGCUACCGAAUGUAGUAUACAGAAGGGCGAGAGUUUGCAGUCCGUUUCGUACUGCUAAUGUUUGAUUUUAGAUUCUGAAGAAUUGUAGCUGAAGAUGACGUCAUUGUACAUAGUAUGACGUCAUAAUGAAUGGUGACGUCAUUGUUGUAUGGUGACGUCGUACUUUGGCUGAAAGACGUCAUUGUUGGAUGGUGACGUCAUUGACGGUGAAAUGACAUCAUUUGUUGUACGGUGAUAUCAUUGUGGAAUAAUGACAUAUUGGUCGUAUAGCGACGUCAUUGUACGACACGUCAUUUUCAUGAUGGCGUCAUGAUGGUGGUGCCGCAAUAAUAAUAAUAUAAUGACGUCAUAAUGUAAUUUUAGGUAAUGACGUCUAGUUGGGUUAGUUGAAUAGUUUAUUAUACAUAGCUGAGUUGAGUUAGUGUACACUACUCAUUUGUUUUAUUUAAACCUUGUAGAAUGUGGUUGUAGUGAAUUAUUACUGAAAAUGCUUUUGUUAAUUUUAAGUUUGCAGACAGUUUUAUAUACAUAGUUAAUAAUGAGGUGUAAAAUUUAAUUGAAUUAUUGGAAUUGUAUUAUUACAAAAUGAACCAUAGACUUCACAAUUAUCUGAUUGUAUUUUUGUAGAAAAUAUACAUAAAAUGUAGCAGAAUAAAAUAAUUUGAAUGUAGCGAAC